UCUCUCUCUCUCUCUCUCUCUCUCUCUCUCUCUCUCUCUCUCUCUCUCUCUCUCUCUCUCUCUCUCUCUCUCUCUUUCUCCCCCCCUCUCUGUCUAUCUAUUCCCCCCCCCUCUCUCUUUAUCUCACUCCCUCCUCCUUUUAAUGUGCUCCUUUCUCUGUGUGUGUGUGUGUGUGUGUUUGUGUGUGGGGGGGUGUGUUUGUGUGCUGUGCGCGGGUUUGUGUGUGCAGCUGAAGCGGGAUGCGCUUGCUUACACAGAGCUGCGUUGAACAGGUGCUCAGUACUUUCAGCCCAGAGAGGAAUACUGAGACAAGCUCCAGAGUAGGAACCAGAAAGGGGCUACGCUGCGCUAAAACUAACCCAGGACAAUACGCCACUCUGGGGAUACACUUGUCCUGAGAGAGACCCUUGGAGAAUAAAGUUCUGGAACUGGGUUUACUUUGCUUGACAUAAUGUGGACAUAGAGCUCUAUAAAGGGUCUACACUGGCCAGGGAGCUACCCAGGACUGAAUAAUCUGCCCUUCUCCGCGUGCUUUCUUGGAAGUUCCAGAACAGGAUGGACUAACAUUGAUUUAGAAGUCUGGAUGUGCUCCAGAGAGGGACUCAGUGUGACAGACAGCCAGGAGAGAGCUUCCGAUCUGGGCUACGCUUACCUGAGUGACUCCUGGCACUCCUUAGAGCUCAGAGAGAAAUACCUACUGUACUUUCCUCUCUUUUUCUGUGUGAUAGAGAGACAGUGGGAGAGUAAGCUAUCUCGCCUGGCUCAGAGGUUGAACCAGAGACCGGGGGAUGCUUUGAUAAAGGACUUCAGACUGCUGUUCUACACGGGCACCUCACCACGCACCUCUCACAGCCUGGGCAGGAACUAUUCUGUCGGCAUGACUCAACAGAUGCAGAACCUGCAGCUGUCCCAUACCAGGAAGUGCUCGGGAGGCCCCGCCUCCCCCAGCGCCGCCAAGCGCCUCUACAGGAACCUAUCAGAGAAGCUGAAAGGAGGCCACUCCUCCUUCGAGGACGCCUACUUCUUUGGCCGCGGAGAACGCCACGGUCAUCACAAGGGCUCGAACAUGCAGGGUAGUGAGUGUCUGUUUGAGGCGGUGGAGCAGCAGGAUGUAGAUGCUGUCCAGAUCCUUCUCUACCAGUACACAGCUGAGGAGCUGGCCCUCAACACACCCAACAGCCAAGGGUUAACGCCGCUAGACGUGGCCAUCAUGACCAACAACACCCCCAUAGCCAAACUACUGCUGAAGGCCGGCAGCAAGGAGAGCCCUCACUUUGUCAGUGUGGAGAGUCGCGAGGCCCACCUUGGCAGCCUGGUCAUCGAGGCAGAGAGGAGGGCAGGGGAGCUGGCUGCCCAGGCCCAGAGAGACGGCCUCAGCCUGGAGGCCUGUGACAAGGACAAGCAGCUCCGAGCCUGGGAGUGGAGGUGCAAGCUCUACAAACGCAUGGCGACUGGCUUCCAGCAUGCACGUGUGCCAGAGCCCCCGUCUGCAGUGCGUCUCAGUGUAACCAGUAGCUCCUCUCUCACGGUCACGUUCCAGGAGCCCCGCUGCCUCAACUCUGCUGUGGUCACCAAGCACAGAGUGGAGUGGAGCUGUCUAAAGGACUUUUCCAUGCUGGCUGGAGACAUGGUGUUGGAAAAUCUACAGACACUCAAGUGUACCAUCAACGGCCUUACCAUGGGGAGGCUGUACUAUGUCCAAGUGUCAGCCUACAACAUGAAGGGUUGGGGUCCACCUCAGUCAACUCUACCCCCCUCCGCUUCACCCUCCAACUGGAGGGAGAGUGAUGGUCGGGAGCCCCUCCCACUAGACUGUAGGGAGAGUGAUGGUCUGGAGCACCUCCCACUAGACUGUAGGGAGCGUGAUGGUCUGGAGCCCCUCCCACUAGACUGUAGGGAGAGUGAUGGUCUGGAGCCCAGGAGAAGAGAGCACAUAGGGCAUAUGGAGCGCCUGCUGCAACAGGUCCGCACUACUCACACACACUACAGCUGCGGAGACACAUCAAAGCUCCAGAACCCAAGCCGUAAGCAGUCCGUCUCCAGAAGUCUCAAGCACCUCUUUAACUCCUCCAACAAGUUUGUCAAGACUCUCAAAAGGGGGGUUUACCUGGCGGCAGUGUUCUACCACAAAGACAGUCUACUGGUGACCACAGAGGACCAGAUCCCUAUAGUGGAGGUGGAUGACUCUUACGGCAGCUCUCUCAUGCAGGACUUUCUAUGGUUCACUAAGUUGUCGUGUAUGUGGGAGGAUGUGCGGUGGCUGAGACAGAGUAUGUCUGUCUCCAUGUCCUCCUCCUCCACUCUACAGGCCAGACAGAAGAUGUUGGCUGCCGCUGGGCAACUACAGAGCUUGUUGGGGACACACAACCUGGGGCGUGUCCACUACGAGCCCAUCAAGGAUCGUCAUGGUAACGUGUUGCUAGUGACGAUCCGGGACAUGGAGAGCCAGUACUCAUUCUUCAGUGGGAAGUGGAUGCAGGUGUCCAAGCUACAAAGCCAGAGGAAGAGUCUGUCCACACCUGAAGAACCCUACGCACUGGACAUACUGCUAAUUACCAUACAGGACAUCUCGGCCUACCAGAGGCGUAGCCAGCAUCGCCUGACCCCAGGUCUGUACCUGGGUUACCUGAAGCUCAGCAGCUCUGUAGACCAGAUCAGAGUGCUGGUGCCACAGAGGAUGCCCAACAUGCUGUGCCACGCGCGGGUACGAGACAACGCCAAUGUCUCCAGGGAGGAGUGGGACUGGCUGCAGAGGCUGUCAAACAUAGAGGAUGGAGAGAAGGAGAGAACGGAGGGAGAGAGGGAGGGAGUGGAUCAAACGACAGACAGUAACACACCAUUGCUCUACUACGAGCUACAGACUGCACUCAAGGCCCUGCUGAAACUCAUCAACCUACCUCUGCACCAGGCCAAGCACUUCCGUAUCUACACUCAUGAGGUGUUGGAGCUGGGUCAUAAUGUUUCCUUUCUGCUGCUGCUGCCGGCGGCUGAUGAUGUGUGUACCGCUCCCGGACAGAGCAACCCCUACACACCACACUCCGGCUUCCUCAACCUCCCUCUACAAAUGUUUGAGCUGGCCCAUUUCAGUGCAUACAAGGAGAAGUGCAUGAGUCUGUACUGCCGCAUGUCGUCUGUCUUGGACCUGGAUGCGCUUAUUACCCAGCAGGCCCUGCGAGAGGCCAUCACGGACACAGAGGUCGCCACCGCCAAACAGAGACACCAACAUAUACUAGACUAUACACAGCAGCUGGAUGAGAUGUGGCAGGAGCUGCGUUGGAUCACUGAUGCCCUGCAGUAUGCCCGCUACAAGCAUCCCAGUGGCGGUGUGCCCAUCACCCGCCUGGUCAAUGCCAGCAAGCCUGAGUCAGAUCAGGGGGCACAGAAGAGUGACUCAGCAUCCUCUACCAUGGACUACCUACCCACACCAUCACCCUCACCUGAGCUACGAUCUAGGAAGGCUGCUAGUGACUCCCAGCUGGGAUCAGAUGAGGACGGUUGUUCAGAGGUGUUCCUGCCAACAGACAGCGACUAUGACUCCAGCGAGGCCUUGUCCCCCCGUGAGCUGGACCUGCUCUACUCUCCCCAACAGGACCUAUCCCGGCAGGCUGUGCACGCCCUGGGAGGCAGCGCUCCCGACGUACUGCAGAUACACGAACUAAGGUACAGCAUCUGCCAGCCCAAAGACCUCCCUCUCUCCCCCGCCUUCCCCCUCUCCCCAGGCCCACUCCUCUCCCCCGCCUUCCCCCUAUCCUCAGCCCCACCCCUCUCCCCUGCCCUCGAGACAACCCUUUCUUGCACCAAAAUCCUGGAGGGUCUCUCCCUCUCCAAGACGACCCAGGACCAGCACUCCUACACCCCUCUGCGGCCCCUAGCCAACCCCCCAACCAAGCGUAAGCUGCUGUCCAGGAGCCAUGGGGCCGCUGGGGCCCAGCAGGGCUACUUCAGUGGGCCCCAGCACUGGUUAAAGGGCCACAGUGACAGCCACACUGGGUCCCUGUAUGAGGGGGUCUAUACCAGGCAGAGGGACGCAGACCUGCCCCUGGAUCUCCCAUCCCCUCAGGGGGAGACAUACGUUAGUCAUGCUUCCUGUGUCCUGGAGGGCAGUGGGGCGGAGCAGAGGGAGCCCAGGCCCCAUGUCAGGAGGAUCUUUGUGGAACCGUGUAAGGAAACAUCGCCUGAGAACAGGGGUUGGGGAGAGGAGAGAGGGAUGGAGGGACGGGAGGAGAGAGGGGCAGGGGUGAUGGUGGUUGUCACAGAGGAGGGGUCAGGAGAGGAGGCAUAUGAAGGAGCGACAGCCCAGGAUGUGGACUCGGAAGACCAAACGAACACACAGGUGUCAGAGAUCCUCAGCAGAACGCUCCAGGAUUGAAUGAUAAUCAGUAACACGCUCUAGGAUUGGAUGAUAAUCAGUAACACGCUCUAGGGAUUGGAUGAUAAUCAGUAACACGCUCUAGGGAUUGGAUGAUAAUCAGUAACACGCUCUAGGAUUGGAUGAUAAUCAGUAACACGCUCUAGGAUUGGAUGAUAAUCAGUAACACGCUCUAGGAUUGGAUGAUAAUCAGUAACACGCUCUAGGAUUGGAUGAUAAUCAGUAACACGCUCUAGGGAUUGGAUAAUAAUCAGUAACACGCUCUAGGAUUGGAUGAUAAUCAGUAACACGCUCUAGGAUUGGAUGAUAAUCAGUAACACGCUCUAGGAUUGGAUGAUGGUUUGGCAUGGUGCUCCAGGGUCUGGUUGCACCAGUUGGGCAUAACAAAACUAAUGCACGUUCAUGAGAUUUGAUGGUUGCUAGGCAGCACCCGUUCGUCCUCUUUUAACAUCCUCGUGGCGCUUUCUAAACUUACCAUCACUUCGCAAAGCCCACCACUAUGCAUGUUUUCUUAACCAGAACUGGUUGGAUCCAUAAAGAAUCACUGUGGGAAUAGAUAUCACACAUUUAGCAUGUUAUAAUGUAGCAUAAAUCAAGUGUAUUAUUUUGCUAUUGACUCGCAUUGAUUAUUUUGCUAUUGAUUAGGCCAAAAGCCUGCGCAGGUUGUAAAAUAUGAACACGAGACUCAUAUCCUUUUGAAAAUAUAGAUCGCUAUCAUGAUGAAGAGAGUCCCAAUUUAACCCUACGGCUGCUCCCUACUAGAUGUAGAGUCUAUGCCCAGUCAUAGCUCAUAGAAGGGCUUACGACCAGGUGGUGCAACAGGUAUCAUUUUUAGGUCCGGCGUAGAGUGCGUUUUACGUCGGACAUAGAGUAACAAUCCACUUACAACCCGGUGAAACCGGCCCCAGGAUUGGACGAUGCUCAGGUAAGAAGUUUAGCAUUGGCCCAUGUUCAGUAACACACUCUAGCAUUUGACAGUGGUUCAGUAACGACCUCCAGGAUUGGACGACGGCUCAGCAACAUGUUCUUGGAGUGGACGAUACUGAGUAACAAGCUUUUGAACGAUUGUACAAUGGAUAAUUGAUGACAUUUGGAUGGAGCAUACAGUACGUAUCCAAACUGCCACCAAGGCACCUUUUCCCUGUCUGUUUCUGCCUCUGUGUGUGUUUGUGUGGGCCUCGUUCCUUCUUUCAUCGCUUUCUCUCUGUCCUUCAUAUCCCUGUGGACAGGCAUGCUGAACUGACUCUGAGCUCGUGGACGUGUGUAGCUCACAGACGGGACAACCCUUGCUCUCUCUGUACAAUGUACUAGAGACUCAAGUUGCUGGCCAACUGUCUGAACUGUAGAACUCAGAACCAAGCCAAGGCUCCAACUGUUAUGAUCUGUAACCAAUGCAACAUGAACUAAAGCACUGCUUUACCUUUGCACUUGAAUCUGUGUUGAUGGCCGCAAGAGCUCGGAGUCGCUAUUUCUAAUUGAUGGGUAUUUGUGGUACAUUUGUCGAUUUACAUAUUAGAUACAAGCCUUGUGUUUCUCUACACAGCAAAUUGGCCAGUGUUAACUAGUGUUGCUUUUUAGGUGUAGUGUUUCUAGUGUUGAUUCAGGAGUUAAAUUAGCACUGUAAAUAUUUAAAGAACCACAGUGUUGGUGUUAAUAACCAGAGUUGAACCAAAACCACUGCCAUCAUUAUCAUAUUUCCCAGCAUGCUCUAUUGCAGGUUGAAUUUUAGAAUUGUUUUGUUUAAAUAUCUAUGUUUUUUUGCAUGCACAUUGAUUAAUUGAUGUUAUUCUACUUAAAGGGCUCAGUGCAGUCAAAAAAGUGAUUUUCCAGUAUGUUAUAUAUAUUUCCACACUAUGAGGUUGGAAUAAUACUGUGAAAUUGUGAAAAUAAUGAAAAUGCCCUUUUAGUGUAAGAGCUGUUUGAAAAGACCGCCUGAAAUUUCAGCCUGUUUUAGUGGUAUGGAGUUUUGGCCUGCCUGAUGUCAUCACCAGGCUGUAAAUUAGUUAAUAGACCAAUAAGAGAGUUCCAAACUAUCUUGUCAAUAACGGCUAGUUUUCCGUUUUCCCCUUCCCCACUGUCCCAGACAGUCUUAAGUCUUGCUUGAGAAAUUUCUCUUUGCUCUUUACAAUUGUAAAUUGUAAUUGUCUCAGAAGCUAUUUUUGGUUCCUUUUUGACCAUUUUAAUUGAACACAAUCACAAUAAGAUACUUCAUAGUUACCCAGAAAUGAUUUGAUAUUGAGAUAAAAACAGCUGCAUUGGACCUUAAAAUAUAAAUAACAUACAUUUUUCUAAAAUAAUCUAAUCUGUUACUUGGACUUAAUGCACCCUUUACUGAAAUGGUCGUUCCAGUUUAGAUGCGUUAGGUAGUCUCAUAUCUUAGUAUUCCCAACCCUGGAAGUCGGGUGAAAGAAUGUAAACAAAAUUGGAUAUCCCUGUGGCUGGAUUCCAAUAGGAAUUACACAUCACUUUGCAAGCCAGCAUAAUGUGACUUGCAGGCCUGAAAUGGAGUAAGGCCUUAUGAAAUAUUUAUAUUAUUGUCUUAUAUAAUUACAUUUUAAUGAUAACAUUCACUUAGGAUCGCACUUGGUGAAGACCACACUCACCAACAACCAUGUCUCUGUCACUAACAAAUAUAGUCAUGAGUGGUAACUCUACAAUUCAAUCGAAAGGUAAGGCACUCUGGGAAAUAUGCAAAUAAGGCUUUACACUAAGCAAAGCGUUAAUUUAACUCUGAAAAGUGUGGCCCCGUACACUUGAGAAUUUGCUGUGGAGGUGGCUCAGCAUGGAUUAUAGGCACCCGCAGUGAGUGUGCAGUCAUGGUUUAAAAGUUGGUUUUCUGUGGUAAAUAAUAAUGUGUCAUUACCAUCAUGCUAAGCUGGUUCUUUUGUGGUUCUGUUACAACAACAAAUCAACCGGAGUAUCGUUUAGAAUAACAGUGACAUUCUUCAUACACUAAAACAGUCCCUUUUCACAUCUUUCUCAGAAUAACAACAUUAUCUGAAGACCAGCCUUUUAAUAUCAACUCGGAUUUUGUCACAUGCUUAUUAAACAACCGGUGUAGACUAACAGUGAAACGCUUACUUAUGGGCCCUUCACAACAAUGCAGAGAGAAAAAUAUAUAAAAAUACACAAUGAGUAAUGAUAUCUUGGCUAUAUACACGGGGCACCAGUACCGAGUCCACAUGCAGGGAUAGGAGGUCAUUUGGCUAGAUAUGUACAUUUCCAGUGCAUUCAGAAAGUAUUCGGACCACUUUAUUUUUUCCACAUGUUGUUAAAUUACUGCCUUAUUCUAAAAUUGAUCAAAUUAUUUCCUCAAUCUACACACAAUACCUCAUAAUGACCAAGCAAAAACAGGUUUUAAGACAUUUUUGCAAAUUUAUUACAAAUAAAAACAGAAAUAUCACAUUUACAUAAGUAUUGAGAGCCUUUACUCAGUACUUUGUUGUAGCACCUUUGGCAGCGAUUACAGCCUCUAGUCUUCUUGGGUAUGACGCUACAAGCUUGGCACACCUGUAUUUGGGGGAGUUUCUCCCAUUUUUCUCUGCGGAUCCUUUCAAGCUCUGUCAGGUUGGAUGGGGAGCGUCGCUGCCCAGCUAUUUUCAGGUCUCUCCACUCCUGCGUUGUCUUGGCUGUGUACUUAGGGUCGUUGAUCCUGACUAGCCUCCCAGUCCCUGCUGCUGAAAAACAUCCCCACAGCAUGAAUCUGCCACCAUCAUGCUUCACAGUAGGGAUGGUGCCAGGUUUCCUCCAGACGUGACACUUGACAUUCAGGCCAAAGGGUUCAAUCUUGGUUUCAUCAGACCAGCGAAUCUUGUUUCUCAAGGUCAGAGUCAUUUAGGUGCCUUUUGGCAAACUCCAAGCGGGCUGUCAUGUGUAAAAAAAAAAAAGGGAAGCACUGCUAAGGCAUACAAUAGUUUGUUAUGGUAGACAGAAGCUCCUCUUUGGUAAAAGUAGGUAAAUUGUUCAUCAAAAUGAAAGGAGGACCAAGACAAUACCAUAAAGGCCUGAUUGGUGGAGUGCUGCAGAAAUGGUUGUCCUUCUGGAAGUUUCUCCCAUCUCUACAGAGGAACUCUGGAGCUCUGUCAGAAUGACCAUCGGGUUCUUGUUCACCUCCCUGACCAAGGCCCUUCUCCCCGAUCGCUCAGUUUGGCCGGGCGGCCAGAUCUAGGAGGAGUCUUGGUGGUUCCAAACUUCUUCCAUUUAAGAAUGAUGGAGGCCACUAUGUUCUUGGGGACCUUCCAUGCGGCAGAAAUGUUUUGGUACCCUUCCCCAGAUCUGUGCCUUGAUACAAUGCAGCAGGUUGCCUAGUGGGGUGGCAGGUAGCCUAGUGGUUAGCGUGUUUGGCCAGUAACCGAAGGGUUGCUGGAUUGAAUCCCUGAGCUGACAAGGUAAAAAUCUGUUGUUCUGCCUCUGAACAAGGCAGUUAACCCACUGUUACCCGGUCGGCCGUCAUUGUAAAUAAGAAUUUGUUCGUAACUGACUUGCCUAGUUAAAUAAAAAAAUUAUGUCUCGGAGCUGUACGGACAAUUCCUUUGGCUUGGUUUUUGCUCUAACAUGCACUGUCAACUGUGAGACUUUAUAUAGACAGGUGUGUGCCUUUCCAAAUCAUGUCCAAUCAAUUGAAUUUACCACAGGUGGACUCCACUGAAGUUGUAGAAACAUCUCAAGGAUGAUCAAUGGAAACAGAAUGCACCUGAGCUCAAUUUCGAGUCUCAUAGCAGACGGUCUGAAUACUUAUGCAAAUAAGAUAUUUCUGUUCUUAAUUUUUUAUACAUUUUUGCUUUGUCGUUAUGGGGUAUUGUGUGUAGAUUGAGGAAAAUGCAUUUUAGAAUAAGGCUGUAACAUAACAAAAUGUGGAAAAAGUGAAGGGGUCUGAAUAAUUUCCGAAUGAGCUGUAGAUAGGGGUGAAGAUCUUUCUAGUAUACAGUAGUAAACAGUUAUGAAUCUUUAAGUGGACUGUAGGUUGCCCCUGGGCCAUGUUCUGACAAGCCCAUCGUUAAGAAUACUGAUGAUGACGAGAGUAUUAAACAUUCCAUAGCGAGCUGCAAUGAAUUCCAAUAUCAUAGCCCCUAUAUCCCUAUAAGUAUUUUUGUACUCUCUAUUUUAAAACAUUAAUGACUUACUAUUUUGCAUUGAAUGUUUACCAUUUGUCUUGUACUUGAAUCAAAUGGAGAUGUAUUAUUUUGUUGGCGUGAACUUGUUUUGUACCUGUGUGGACUGUAGCUUGUGUCCAGUUUGAAUUUGUGCCCUCCUUGGUUUGGCAUGAGAAAGUCAAGGUUCAGGGGUCAGGGGUCAUGGACUGGUGGGGUCAGAGGCUGCACUUUGCAUCCUGGACUUUAGUAGCCAUGUGGUGUGAAGUUAAUGUUUCCAUGACACUUUAAAAGGCUUGUUUUGAACUAUGUUUAAUCAUGAACACUGUGCUUUGUGUUUUUAUCCUGUGUUCUCUGGUACAGAGUAUUACACUUUCUAUAGUAUUAAUGCACUGUGGUGGAGAUGAAUACAGCGUAUUAGAUUGAUGUUACAGUAACUUUUCCAGGAACAGCUAAUAAUUGUACUCAUAUGAAGUUUACCACAUCAUGGAUUAUAUCAGACUAAAUUGCACUUUGAACAUGUAUGUCUAUUUUUUUUCUUCUUUUUUUUUAUGAUACAUCAAGCUAAAAACCCAAACAAUACCUUUAUGGUUUUAUCAAAGCCGUAUUGCACGGGUAAGAGGGAAACCGGAGCUAGCUUUUCACUAUUUUAAAAUGGCAGGUGAUUAUAAAACCUAAUUUAAAUGUAACAUACCGAUCGAAGCCAGCUUUAUCGGUAACGAUUGUAAAACAUUGUUGCAUUAUUAGAAUAUUAAUAUGACGGAAUAGUAAUUGUUGACGAUUAAGUUUGGUGUUGCAUCAACAGGCUGGUUAUUUUUUCCACUUGUCUUAAAGAAAUACAGUAUAUAUUAGCAACAAUGUUUUUAUCCAUUAGGAAAAUAUGGAGCUAGGCUAAUAAUUAUUGUGUCCUCUCUUGACAGUGUAUAAGCUACCUGUGCAUUUACAGGCUGUUGUAAAUGAGUUCUUAAGAAAGCUUAUACUCUCACUUUUAUUUACAGUCAUGUGGUCUUUAAAUCACUUCCCCAAAUGACCAAAAUCACUAUGUUAUUGUCUUAAGUGUUGGGCUUUUGGUUUGGGGGUAGGCCUACCACCAAAUCCGCCAGUCAAUGUAUAUUUCUCAGGAGUAAAAGCAUAAUCUGUUGAUAUGAAAUAUUGAAUAUUACUAUGUUAUUGUCCUAUUUAUUUAGUGAUCCACUUCCACACAUUUCAAUCACUUAUUAUUAUUUAAUGGUCGAACAGCUAAAAGGCCACAUCAGAUCAGUCUCAAUGUCUUUGUGCCACGUGCACAUAGUUGGCCAAAAUCAAGAGGGAUCAUCAUAUCUGUAUAUUUUUGCAUUUCCUGAUAAAUAGAUGAAAAUAAAGCUAAUAUGUUUGCGGUUGGGGAUGAUGUCAGUCCUAAAAUAACCAGAGUUCCUAUAAUGUUUGACCAGUUGAAAUAAUAAACCUUUCCCAUGUGGAUGUUGUGCUCAA